AUGGCCUGCAACAACCUCUGCCAACCCUGCGGACCCACCCCGCUGGCCAACAGCUGCAACGAGCCCUGUGCCCUGCAAUGCCAGAACUCCAGCGUCAUCAUCAACCCUUCCCCUGUGCUGGUCACCAUGCCAGGACCCAUCAUGACCUCCUUCCCCCAGAACACCGCUGUUGGAUCCACCUCCUCGGCUGCCGUUGGUAGCGAACUCAAUGCCCAGGGACAGCCCAUCUCUGGUGGAUUUGGUGGCUUUGGCCUUGGCUACGGGCUGGGAGGCCUGGGCUGCUAUGGCAGAAGGGGCGGCUACAUCUGCUAA